GGUAAACUCGCCGCGCCGGCACCGGCGAAAUUAUAGUGUUCAGUCGCGAGCGAGAACACGGGCCACCACUUGCCGCUUCUGUACGCCAUAAAUCGUUAUCCGUUGUGUUAUUUUUUUCGAAUUCUCGUCGCCUUGCUCGUUUUCGGUUUUUUAUUUCUCGAUUCGUACACAAUUUUUUUCCCGUCAACGCCGGUACAUAUGAUACGCGUAUAAUAUAUUAUUAUAUAUAGUGCUUUCCGCUGUGACGUGUUUUAACUGUGCAAAAAUAUAUUAUCAUUAUUGUUAGGUGUUAUCGUCGUUUUUUUAGUUUUUUUUUAUGAUUAUUAUUGUUGUUAAUACCUCGAUAAUAUUGUAAUAUUAUUAUUAUACCCUAUAUUAAUUUUUGCCGAGUGUCCGAUACGUUCGCGUAUACGGCUUUUUCGUUAUAAUUAUAUUACCACCGUCAUCUAUCUAAUAUUUGUAGAUAGAUUCGGUCGCGUAUUCGUUCGUAUUCCAAUACUAUAAUAAUAAUAAUAAUAAUAAUAACAGUUGAUCGGCGACGAUGAUGACUGUUUUACCGGUGAUCUAAUAUCGUAUUGUAUAUAUUACGCCGACGACAAUAUAUUAUUAUCAUUACACGUAUACGCUGCGAAUAUAUUGUUAUAUAUAACGGAUAUUUUGACGGUGUAGACUGAGGUGUUCAGCUGCUGUUAUCGACUCCACUGCAGCCGAUAAGGAAUACCGCAAGUUCGGACGUGCUUUCGACUACGCACCGACCAUGGACGUGCUACCGAGCGGUAACAUAUUCCGGGAACUUCAAGACAUACACGAUACCGGUUAUUUCUCUGCACACGUAUCACUUGAGGAUCACUGGCAACAGACUUGUUAUGAGAUGGAACGGUACCUGAAGGAAGAACCGAUGGUGUCGUCCUCGCCCACGCGGUCCGAGUCACCGUGGCUGACGACGUGGUCGACGCGCGUGGAGGUGGAGGUGGGCCUGGACUGCGCGAGUAGCGUGACGUCCAACAGCAGUUCACCUUCAACGUGUUGGUCCGGAUUCGCGACGCCGCCACCCAGCCCGCCGGACGAGACGGACGUGUCGCCGACCGUGGUGGCGUCGCUGCUGUCUUCGGCCGCAGCGGUCGCCGCAGCCGCAAAAGCCGCGGCCUCCGCCUCGACCGCCGGCGCGUCCGGUCGCGUAGCUUCCGCCGCGACCGCGUCCACCCCCGCCACGUCGGCGGCCGCCACCACCACCGCCGGUCUGCUGAAGGUGACCGUCGCCCCGGCCGCCGCGUCUGGGGCCACCGUUAGCCCGGUCAGCACCGCCAGUACCUGUACCGCCGGCACCAACAACGCCAGCACCAACACCACCGUCACCGUUGGCGGCCGGACGGCGGUCGGCACCGUGGCCACGGUGGCCACGACGAUCGCCGCCGCCGCGUCGCCCGCGCACCGCGAGCAUGGCACUGCCGCGGCCGCUGUAGUCCACGCUCCGGUGUUGUCCAUCACCACGGCCGCCGCCGUCGCGUACCACCCGAGGCUUCACCUGUCACCGGACGCCGCAAAAAAGAUACACAAGUGCAAGUAUCCCGGCUGUGAGAAGGUGUACACGAAGAGUUCGCACUUGAAAGCUCACCUCAGAACGCAUACCGGCGAAAAGCCGUACAAAUGCGAGUGGAUCGGCUGCGGCUGGAGCUUUGCCCGGUCAGACGAGCUGACCCGCCAUUACCGCAAGCACACUGGCGCCAAACCAUUCAAGUGUCGCCACUGCGAGCGAUGUUUCUCCAGGUCCGACCAUUUGGCGCUGCACAAGAAACGGCACUUCACUUAAACGCAAGCACACGACGCACGAACACACACACACCUACACAUCCACAAACACACACACAAGCAGAGAGAAACGCGCAAAAAACACACACACACACACUACCGUUUUACCACCCUAAACGCUACCUCCGCUACAACAACCCUCUGACGAUAUUAUGUUAGAACUCGUUAAAAUUAAAUACCCCUCACACACAUACACACACAUUCAUACACAAGCACAGACAGACGGACGCGCGUAGAUAAAGUUUCCGGAAAAACGGUGGUAUUUAUUUCAUUAUUAUUGUAAUUUAUUAUAACUAAUAUUAUUAUUAUUAUUAUUAUUAUUAUUAAAGAUUUAUAUAUUUUACGUUUAUACAUAAUAUUUUGUUACCAGUAAUACUCGUGCAUUUGUGCAUAUAUAAUAUAUAUUUAUUAUAUAUAUACGUACAAUACGCUUGUAUACAUAUAAUAAUAUGAUAUAUAAAAUAAUUAUUUCAAUACCAAAAGUAUAAUUAAUGCAUUAAAAUAAUUUUUAAGUAUAUUAUUAUGAAAAUGGAUAAAAACAAAAAAAAAAUGAUAAUGAUUAAGAUAAUUUUUUUUUUUAAAUUUAAAGUAACGUCAUAAACACAAUAAUAUAAUAUAAUAUUAAUAAAUUGUAUUAUAAUACCGUUAUAGUAAUAAUAUUAUUAUGACGCGUUUUCAGUUUCUUAUCAAUAUCAUCAUUAUAUUAUUAUUAUUAUUAUUAUUCAUAUUAUUACAUUAACUGUUACAGUAAUAUUAUAAUACAAUAUUAACGGCCAUUAUCGCGUAUGAUAAAUGUGUAAACUCAUUGUGUAAAUAUAAUAAUAUGUAUAAUGACUCCGGAGCCUAAUGAUCAAAAUCGUUAAAAAUCCCAGGCGUUCGCAUUCACUGGUCGCGCCUGCUAAAUAAAUUGUUAGGAAAAAAAUGUAUAAAUUUUGCGUAUCGUCACGAUAUUUUUAAAAUAUCAAGUUAAUAUGAAAUAUAACUGACCACUCGUCGACACGCACAUUUGUUAUGUUGCAUACUAGGCCAUGUAGGCCCUUCGCAGAGGGACAAUAUAUGGCUGAUAAAUCGAUGACCGGGAUUGGACGGAUAUACAACUUAAACCUAAUAAGAUCUUUUUUUACAAUCGGAGGCCUGUUUUUAGAUGAGUUUGUAAUUGUACGAAAACGAAAAAAAUUUUUUUUGUAAAUAGCAUAAUUAUAUAUUAUUGCCUAAAUGAUAAUUAUUAAAAUAAUUAUAGUAGUCUUUGUAAAUAAAAGUAAACAAUUUAUUAUAAAUAAUUAGCAUGAAAAAAAUUAUUAUUCGUAAGUUUAUUACUAUAUCGUUUUUAAUAUUAUUAUAACGGUUAUAUUAUAUAUUAGGCAAAUGUGUUUUGAUCCAAUGAGACAUUUAUAGAACUGAUUUACUAGACCCGAUAGUCAAUUUUUUUUCCUUGUAUAGGUAUUAUAGUUAUAGGACUAUUUAUAUAAUAAUAAUAAUGUGUAUAUCGUUCAUUCAUUAUAAUAAUAACGGUCGUGCUCUUGCCGCCCGGUACGACGUUUCUUUAGGUUUUUUAGUCACUCCAAAUUACACAUAAUAAAUAUUUUAUAUUAUUACAUAAUAAUAUUAUAUAAUUAUAAUUAUUAAUAUAUAUUGUAUUUACGCCGUUUCAAACAUCAUUGCAUUUCCAUAAUUUUGUGAUUAUCGUGUUUCAUCGACCAAUAAUAAUUCGUAUAUAAUAUUAUAUAUUAUUAUAAUGUGAUAAUCUUAAUAUUAUUUCAUUAUAUUCUUGUAAAUUCUAUUAUUCUAUUGCUAUAUUGACAUUUUUUCGUUUUAAUUUAACUAAAAAAAAAAAAAAAAAAAAUAUCAUAAAAUAUUAUUGUAAUUAUUAUAAAAUAAAAAAAAAAUUUAUACGAUUUAAUACAAUGUCUAAGAGACGAUUUCAUUGCUUACAUCCACAAUCUUCCUCUUUACUAAAAUGUAAAACCUGAAUCAAAAUACUCCGCAAGGCUCCGAUCGACUGUCCCUGCUGGCGCGCGGGCGAGCCACUGCCACACGAAAUAAUAUACUAUUUAUAAGGAUAAGACAAACAAAAUUACCAUUCGCAGUGAAUUUAUGUCCAAUAAUUAUAUUGUAAUAUCUCGAUUAUUUUCGAGUAAUGAUACUUAAUAAUAUUUUAUAACAACGAUACGUGAACCACGUUCUAUUAAAAAAAGGAAAUAAUAAUAACAAUACGGUAAAAAAAAUUAAUUAAAAUUAAAAUAAUAUUAUAAGCAUUUUAGAUAAUAAUAAUAUAAUAAACUGUAUACAUGUUUCGUAGCGAAAAGAGAAAGAAACGGGGCCAGUAAAUUAAAAAAAAUAUCUAUACAAAAACAUUUGUUUUAUAAAAAUAACGAAAAAAAAAUGUGGCGUUAUUGUUUUCGUUUUUAUUAUUGGUUUAAUUAUUAUUAUUUUUUUUCUCGAUAUUAUAUUUUAUAACUAAAUCUUGUUUAUUUAUUUGAUAGUUUGCAAAUAUUCUAUUAUAAUAAAUUAUUGUUUCGGUUUUUUUUUUUUUUUUUUUAACUUAAACCUUUUGUUUAUUUAUUUAUUUAUUAUAUUUUGUUUUUGUUCGUACCACAUAUGUUUAAUAUAAUAUAAUAUAAUUAUUAUUAUAAUGCAUCAUGUGUUGGUAUUUGCAUAAUAUUAUAACACUUGAAAAUUAUUAUCAUUAUUAUUGUUAUAUUUAUAAAUGAAAAAAAAAUAUCUACCAUUAUAUUAUGAUUAUGAUUAUUAUUUGUAUGAUUAUUUUAUUAUUGUUUAUCGCCUGUUAUAGACAGACCGCACCUUACACCUUAGGGCCAGAUAUUUGUUGCGUAUAUUUAAGUAUGGAACCAUUGUGUUUUUAUAUUUUGUUUAAUUUUUUUUUUUCGUUAUGAUUGUUGUUAGACUAUUGUGUGUUUUACUGCUAUAUUAUAUUAUUAUUAUUAUUAUUAUUAUUAUUAUUAUUAUCAUCAUCAUUUUUAUUAUUAGGCUAAUGCUUAGAUAUAUCAAUACCGUUUAGUUAAUUACUGCGAUUCUUUUGUUUCAUUUAAAAAAAAAAAAAAUGUAUAAGUCUUUCUUAAUAUUUAUAAUCGUCAUUGGUGUUAUCAUAAUAUUAUUGUAUUACGUAGUAGUAUAACAUAUUAAUACUUAAAAUACUGUCCCCGAACCAAAUUCAACCCGUUAUAUUUCGCCCUGCAUACUUUUUUCAAAAACUCACUUCGUCAACCUCAAUUUUUGCAGGCAGCGAUCUUUGGUGUACCAGACAAAUUGCCGUUAAAAAUGUCGUGUUUAAAAACUAAAUCAUGUUGAAUAGUCAUCGUCGCACAACUUUUCAUUUUUUUUUUUUUUAUACAAACAUUUCUAUCGAAUUUUCCUAGAAAAAUUUUUAUUGCAUUUUUAUUGCGUGAUAUCAUAACAUAAAAUAAUAAUAUUAUUAUAUAAUAUUAUCAUAUCGUUCUCUAGUCGACGUGAUGACUCGCCGCGCUGUUCGUUUUACAUUUUAUUAUUAUAAUAUAUAAUACGUCUUUGGUAGUAGACGGAAUUUUUCGCUCACGCGAUCGUCGGCAGACGAUGAUUUGACGAUCAGAACGAUAAAGAUAAUAAUAUUAAACGUUGCGAUGAAGAAAAAUACGAAAAAGCGUAAUUUGUGGUCGCCGGGUGAAAGAUUCCGAACAGGAUUCUCUUGCAAUACGAAGUGUUUUGAUUUGUUUGAUUGUUUCGUUGAUUUUUCUCCUCCUCCGUUUUGAACCCUAUAAUUCGUACAAAAUAUAAGAGUAUUAUUAGUAUUUUAAGGGAAAAAAAAUGUUUUAACAUACCUAUAUCGCAUAUUAUAUUUAUAUAAUUAUUUAUAUACACGUUAUAUUGUAUAUGCCGUAUAUAACGCAUAUAUAGGUAUCUAUACAUUAUUAUAAUAACGAUUAUAAUAUUAUUAUUAUUAUGAUGAUGUGACGCGUACUAUUUUUGGCGCAUGCGUCGUAUUAUACCUCAAAAUAUAUAACGUCUAUUUGUUAUUCGUUCCGAAAUAAUAUAUAACGUCUGUCGUGUUAUUAUUACGAUGACGAUGUGUAUAUUAUUAUUAUUAUUGUUUUACACCUAAAAUAUUACAAUAUAUAUUAUUAUAUCUGUAUACAUAUGUGUAUUAUAAAUAUUUAUAAAUACAUAGCAUAAUAUUAUUAUUAUUAUAAUUAUUAUCAUUAUACUCGUUUAAUUUUUUUUUCCUGGCUUAAACUUUGUACAUUUUAAGAUUUUAUUAAUUUUAUUGUGACGAGAAAAUCAUGUUGGAUUCAAUCGUCGUCAAACUAUACAUAUAUAUACAAUUAAAAACGAAAAAAAA